AUGCCCUACGCAAAAGUGGUUCGUUUUGGAUCUCUAUUCUUGUCAGUGACUACAAUUUGCUUAGUCCUCCUCAAGGUAGCAUCGCGUGACACAACUGUUAAGAUAACUUAUCCAUCCCAUUGCAUUCUACAUGCCUGUGUUCGCCGAUUGGAAGACCAACUCGCCCAACUUAAAAAGCUGGCAGUAUUUGAGCACUGGGAACUACGAAGUUCCGCGUUAUGUGAAGGAGGGAUUUUGGAUACCGGACGGCUUCAAACAAUUCUGUGUUCCCGAGGCUACAUCACUUUCAUACGCUGA